UAUUUUUGACGGGUGAACACAAUGGGACGCAGAAACUUUUGAAAAUAAACUCAAUUCACUAAAUUGGUAAAAUCAGUUGGCAACAAUGUUCACGUGUUUUUGUAGGUUAUGUUGUAAAGUUUUCUUGUGGUUUUCACGAAAAUGGUUUUAUUAAAGAAAGUAAACAACGAUUAUGUGGCAGCCUCCAAAGAAAGUGUCGUAUUAUUUGAUUUAGAAACGGAAACAGAUUCAAUAUUUAAGAUACCUGAACCUAUACUGCCAGAAAAUUUAACGAAAGGGCAAAUGGAUGUAUUGAAAAAAGAAGAUAGGACCAUAACGUCGUUAACGUUUUCAAAGUGUGAAGAAUAUAUUGCUGUUACAACGGAAAAUAAGCAAGUAGUGGUGUUUGAUAAGUCUUUGAAUGUUAUUAAGAAUUUUAUUGUGAAUCGAGUGGCAAGUAAAAUUCUGUUUACAGCAGCAAACGAUGUACUAAUAGCUGACAAAACUGGGGAUGUUUAUUUAUAUAAAUUGAAAGAAGAUGAGCCAGUUUUGAUUCUGGGACAUUUAAGUGUAAUUUUGGAUGUGGUGUUAUCUAAUUGUGAGAAGUAUAUCAUUACAUGUGAUAGAGAUGAAAAAAUAAGAGUUUCAAUGUUUCCCAACGCUUAUAAUAUUCUAAGCUUUUGCCUGGGUCAUAAAGAGUUUGUAACUUCUUUAAAGAUUCUUGGAAAUACUUUAAUAUCUGCAUCUGGGGAUGGAACAGUGCGGUUUUGGAAUUAUUUGAAUGGAACCCAAUUGGGUCUAAUAGACUCAAAUUGCAAUAUCAAAGAUACAACUUUUAUUGAGGCCUUUUCAAAGGAAAUGGAUGAAGAAAAAGUUGAUGUUACUUCUUUGCCAAUAACUGAUAUGCAGGUAUUUAAUGGUGGUAAUGUUUUUAUAGCUCUUUCACUUUACAGUGUAAACGGUAUUCUAUUGUAUACUACAAAUAUUAAAACAUUUGAAUCCACAUUUGUAUCUCAUAUUUUACCUGAUGUUAAUGUUUAUGGUUUUUGUUUGGACAGUAAAUUGUUAAUACUUAGUAAAACUUUAUAUUGUUAUGUUUUAAAUGGUGACAGUUAUAAUAAAUUUAGCUCUGAUUUUGUAAAGGGUUUUGCUAUAAAACACUGUAGUAAUUUAUGUUUAAACAACUGCAGUUCUAUUACUGGUUUGUAUAAAAGAAAGUUUGAUAAUGUACAAGAGUAUUUAGAAAGGAAAAAGCAAAGACUUGGCUUAAAAUAAAACAAGUUAAUAUUG